GGCAGGGCACAGUCUGUAGGGGGCCCCAAUAAUACAGCCCCCUUGGGCCCUCCAGCUGCUGGGCAGGCAAGGCAUUAUCUUACAAAGCGCCCCAUGUAUUUAGCACGGGAGGCCUGAUUAUUUUGUUGUGUGGGGCCCUAAGAUUUCUGAAUGUGGCCCCGCCUGACGCUUAUAGAGCAACUAUUCUUGGAAACUUUCUGUCUCUCCCUCACUUGUCAUUGCCCCAGUUGGCUGUGUGUUGUCUGUGACAGGAUAAUCCCCUAAUCCCUACUGUCUGGAGCGUGACUAGAUGAUUAAAAGGUCCAAUCAGGACUCAGCAUUAUCCUUAAAUAUAAGCAUGACGGAGAGAUUUAGCACGCCAAGCACCCCUCUCCGGUCCAACCGCCCUUCCCUGCCUCGGCCGCCUCCGAUGGAGCCUCGACUUGUGCUAAUAACAGGGUGCUCUUCGGGGAUUGGCUUGGCGCUGGCUGUGAAGUUAGCCAAUGAUGAGCAGAAACGUUUCAAGGUUGUUGCCACCAUGCGUAACCUGGCCAAGAGAGGGGCCCUGGAAGAGGCGGCGGGAGAUGCCCUCAAUGACACCCUGGAGAUAAAGAAGCUGGACGUGUGCAGUGACAGUUCCAUCAGGGAAUGCAUGGGAAGCAUCCCCGGGCGGCACGUGGACGUUCUCAUUAAUAAUGCGGGCGUGGGGUUAAUCGGACCCAUAGAGUGCCAGUCCAUAGACGACAUGAAAGGAGUCUUCGAAACCAAUUUUUUUGGGGUGGUUAGAAUGAUCAAGGAGGUCCUGCCCGACAUGAAGAGGAGAAGAAGGGGGCACAUUGUGGUGAUCAGCAGCGUGAUGGGUCUCCAAGGCAUCAUGUUCAAUGAUAUUUACGCUGCUUCCAAGUUUGCCGUUGAAGGAUUCUGUGAAAGCCUCCUGUACCAGACUAUGAACUUUAAUAUCUUUCUCACUCUUGUAGAACCCGGUCCAGUUGUGACUGAGUUUGAGCUGAAGGUUAACGAGGAAGCGAUACGCGGCGAUUACUCCAAAACCGACCUGGAGACGGCGGAGAUGUUUAUCAACUUUUACUUGAAGAACACCAAGGCUAUCUUUUCCAGUUUGGGACAGACCCCUGAGGACGUUGCUGAGCACAUUCUUCGGGUCAUCACGAUGGAGGAACCCCCGUUUCGGCACCAGACCAACCAGGUUUACACCCCGGUGACGGCGCUGAAAUACGCGGAUCCCAGCGGAGAGCUGGUGAAUGACAUUUUCUACAAGUUAGUUUUCCACCAUGACACCCUCAUGCAAGCCAGCCUCCGGGCAAUAAAACUCAUCCGCUGGAAAGCACACAAAGUCCAACAAGGAGCAAGGAUGCUGGGUCUGAUAUAAAUUAUGGACAUCCAAAUGUGUCUUCCUUGAGGGGGGGUUAUGGGGCAUCGUAAUGGGGCAACCGAACCAGCCAAACCUGGCAUCCAAAAUAGGCCCUGGCAUUCCCAGUACCCAGAGGCACAAACAGCCCCCCCCCAGCCCAAUAAAU